UCGAAUUCCAUGAUACAACGAAUAUGUCAAAAAUAGUGAUACUUUACCUUUGUAUUGCUGCUUUCAAUGUGCAUCAAUGUGCUGGCCAGAUUUUAAAGAAGCCACGGAUUUAUUACCUUCAUGUGAUGUCUGACAUCCGGUUUCGGUUUGCCACCACGUUGGUCACCAGUAAAGUUGCUAAUCCUGCCAACACGUCACAAGAAGUCAGAUUUGACGUCACACUUCCAAAUGAAGCUUUCAUAUCAGACUUCCAAAUGGAGAUUGGGGGAAAGAUUUAUCCCGGUGAGGUAAACGAGAAAGUUGCUGCACAGAAGAAGUAUGACGCAGCUAAGAAAAAGGGACAGAGUGCUGGACAGGUCAAACAAAAACCACGAAAUACAAACAGAUUCUCAGUGGAAGUCAACGUUGGGGCUCAAGAAAAAGUUGUCUUUAAUCUGACCUAUCAGGAGCUUUUAAAACGCAAACAAGGCUCGUAUGAACACGUGAUAUACAUCAAUCCCAAACAGAUAGUGGCCGACUUUCAAAUUCACGUUUCUAUUGAAGAAUCAAGGGAAUUGACUGGUGUGAGAGUCCCUCCAAUACGUAAUGAGUUGGAGCAAAACUUGGAAAUCAAAGGUGACAAUUCAUUAGCGGUUGUAAGUAGGCCAACCACAAAAUCUGCUAGGAUUUCAUACAGUCCUUCAGAGGCGGAUCAAAGGCAGGAUUCGGAGCGGGGAAUAUCCGGGCUCUUCAUUGUUGAAUACGACAUAGACAGGGAAACAAGCGCUGGCGAUGUUAUGGUUGUUGAUGGCUAUUUCGUACAUUUUUUUGCUCCUUCGGACAUGGAAGAAAUUCCAAAGGACGUACUCUUGAUUUUGGACGUUAGUGGAUCAAUGUAUGGUACCAAGUUAAAGCAGAUGAAGGACGCAGUAUUGGGUAUUUUGAUUGACCUGCACGAAGGUGACCGCUUUAAUAUCUUGAAAUUCAGUUCUAGUCUUUCCUUCUACAAGGAAUCUUCAGUGAUAGCGAACAAGAAAACUGUGAGGGAGGCAAAAAUAUACGUGAAAAACAUGGUUGCAGCUGGAGGAACAAAUAUAAAUAGUGCUCUCCUGGACGGAAGCAACUUCCUUAACAAGGCGGAGAACUUCAGAGAAAGAGCGCAGGUCAUAUUUUUUCUAACAGACGGGCAGCCUUCUUCAGGGGAGACAAAUCUAAAUAAAAUUCUAGAAAAUGUUCGAAUUGCAAACUCGAAUGCUUUUCCCAUAUACAGCUUAGCGUUUGGUCAAGGGGCGGACUACAAUUUCAUCAAAAAAGUUGCCAUACAAAACAACGGUCUGAGUCGCAAGAUCUAUGAGGAUUCAGAUGCAACACUCCAGAUUAAAGGAUUCUACGACGAAGUUUCUGCGGCUGUGUUAAAAGACGUUUCAUUCAAAUAUUUAAACAAUGCAUCAAGCGUACAAAACCUGACAAAGAUUUCUUUUCCUUCAUAUCUAUUGGGAUCAGAAAUAGUUGUUGCUGGAAAAAUCGAGAACAAUGAUGUUAAGGUGCUUGAUUUGUCAGUAGAAGGUUUGGGAUCUCAAGGUACAGUAGAACUUUCUCUUUCUGCGGAUCUGGAUGAUAAUUCGUUUCCUGAGCUUACCAAACCGGGUGACUAUGUAAAAAUCACAGAGAAAAUAUGGGCGUACUUGACCAUCAAGCAGCUUCUCGAAAAAUCAGUCGGUGAAACAGAUCCAACUGUUAAAGAGGACAUAAAGAAACAGGCGUUGGAGCUCUCUCUAAAGUACAAGUUUGUAACACCGCUGACAUCGAUGGUUGUCGUCAAACCCGAGAAGAAAGAAACUUCUAGUGUUGAAGAAGAAGACGACGCAGUGGCAGACAGUAAACCCCCUCCACAAGGAGGGAGCUUACCAUUAUCAUACAACCGUGGUCCUCCAGGAACUUCAUACGGGGGAGGGGCUGGUGGCGAUCCUCACUUCAUGAUAAGAAUCCGUGGGAUGGAGUAUCCGCUGUGUUUCGAUCUACAUGCCAACCCAGGGGAUGUGCUGCGUAUACUUGCCGAUCAGGAAUCAGGCAUAUUCAUAAACGCAGGGAUUGUUCCGUCAUUUAAGUUUGACACUCAUCAUCGUAUGAAAACAUUUAUGGGAGAAAUCGUUAUUUUGUUCAAAUCUCACGUGAUGAAAGUGACACCGACCAAAAUUGUGUAUGACGGUGCGGAAUUAUUCUGGGGUGAUGAGAAUCCUUACUUUUUGAAUGACGUCACAGUUGAGGUUGUAACCAUAAAAAGAUGCAGAGUACUUCGAAUCGACUUCGGUAAUGAUGUACAGAUCGCCAUUAAAAGGACGAUUGCUUACGGUAACAUGGCGGUCGAUUACUUGAAUGUGUACAUUGAAAACGAGGCCGGACUAUCGGAAAAUUCGAGUGGAAUGCUUGGUCAGUUUUUACAUCGACAUGUUACCGUCCACCAAAGGGGGACAAACAGGAAAAAUCAGAUCGUCGGAGAUAUUCUCAUCGAAGAGGCCGGGAUGCCAACCAAGCACGUUCGUUCUUAUCUCAAAGAAAAGCCAGAUGAAGUCACAGGGAAUCUGGAACUGUGCUGGAAUGCUCACAAUGGCAUAACCAAAACUGCCAAAAGUGUCCAACACUUUUUCGUGGAUGACAUCAUGGAAAUGUAGAGACAUGUAUUAAAAUGCCGAUUCUUUUGUGAACCUAACUGUUCUCUCUGUUUCUGUUCCUAAUAUUUCAAUAUUAAGAACAUGUAUCAUCCUCGUUUUGAACUACAUGUAUUUGUACAUGCCGAGAUAGAAAGUGAAAGACUGAACAAUGCCAGUCUCUAUUUGUGCUUCAUACAGUUCAUGUAUAUAUCACAUUAAAGUGAUUGAAUUUGAAAUGUAUAUUUAAGGAGGCUGGGGGGUCGAAAUAUAAUGUAAUAUAAAACCAUCAGAUUUAUUUGAAAAUUUUAUAUGCGAUUUCUGAAGCUAUCAACUACUAUUUGAUAAAGAAAAAUUUCAUAUAUUUUGAUAUAAAUUUUAUCAUUUUCUAUUAUUUUUAUAUGGAGCUCUUCUUUUAAAGGAGAUCAAUAUUGUCAAAAAUGGCAGCCACCCCCCAGCCCCCUUAAUCAUAAAUACACGUUCUUAGAUCAAGUGACCUACCAGAGAGAGAGAGAGAGAGAGAGAGAGAGAGAGAGAGAGAGAGAGAGAGAGAUUCAUUCUUUGCUUGCUAUCCUUUGUAUAAUACAUUUGCUCUUAAACUUACAGGACUUAGGUACAUGUGCAUUGUUUAUACAAUACUCGUAUAAAUCAAUUAUGAAAUCAUAGCCCAGAUAAAUUCUUAGUCAAUAAAAAACAAGACGUUUGUCUUAAGAUAUUGUAA